AUGAGCAUCCUCCGCCUCCCGGCCGAAAUUGUCGCCCUCCUCGUCGAAAACCUCGAUGUAGAGAGCAUCUUCAACCUCGGAUUGACCAGCCGUCGCCUCAGCUACAUUCUCUAUGAUCGACGCAUAUGUCGUCUCGCUCUUCUCCAGAAGGCGAAUCACUCGGCUGAGGCCAGAGAGGCGAGUGAGACGGGGGAGUUUGCGAGGGCUUUUAGACGACUCGUCAAGCGACGAAUGGCCGUUCGCUCUGCUGAGCCCUGGACGGUAGCCAUCGUGGCAAUGGCGGAUCGUUUCGUGUAUACGAACGGGUACCUGUGUUACACGGUGAACCGCGAGCACCUCCGUGUUCUCAAUGUCCGUCAAAAUCCCUCGGAGGAGCUCAAGGUUAAUGUUCCCCUGCUCCUGCGCACCAUCCGCGACUACGAUCCGCUUCUGCCGUACUCCUUUGAGCCCCUGUACUGCGCUGAGGGUGUUCUGUCGUGUCUGGCCACUCAGGUCCAGGGGAGCACGACGUGCUGCUGGCUCAUCAUUUUUGAGGUGAGGUCAGACUUCCAAUGGGUUGUCAUGAAGCGGCUGUGUUCAGAGCAUCAGAUCUUGAUCCGAAAUGACAAGAACUACCUGUUCUGCGUCACAAAGUCACAUGCCAGGAUCGACGGCACCUACAGAUGGGGUAUCCAACGUCUCGAUCUCGCAACACGGCAGUGGUCGGACACGCAUGUUAUCCUGUGGGAGUUUGAGGGCUCCAACGUUGGAUCCGAAAUCUGUUUCGAAAUCAUCGACGACCAUUUUUAUUGCGUUUCGAACAAGUUGAAGACGCAGACCAACUACGAGAUUCCAAACUGCUAUUACCAAGCUGUUAGGUUUCCAGUGAGUGAAGCAACGCAUGAGAGUUGUGAGAAGCCCCUGAAACGCAACCUCUGGCGGCGUCACGAUGCAGAGGGCGCCGUCGAUGACCGCUGGACCUCACUCCAACUCACCAAAGAUGAAGAAACAGGAGAAGUCUUCAUCAUCGAAGUCCGUCGAGAGUGGUCCCCAGGAAAUGCGGGGAGCCAGAGGACUUGUUACAAGAAAAGACUCCAGUUCAGCGACGAUAUCGUCGGGAAUCCUCUACCUACACCACCAAUCACUGCCGAAAACUCACCCAUCGACCCGGUUUGGGAUUGCGAGAAGCAUUCUGAGAAGCGAACUCCUGAGGACAUCCACAUCGGCGACAAUCCGAGGGACACCAUCACUUACACCCUCGGCGAAUGCCAAGUCCGGUCUUAUAACCCGUCUUGCCAAGCAUUCGUCGAUCUUGUGUACGAAGCGUAUACCGCCAAUCCACUGCUGCAGCUCAGGGUGAGGCCAAAGAUGGAGGCCAUCAAAGAGGAUGGCAUAGAGCAAGCAGUCAAGAUGUGGCCGCCAGAACCAAGCCCUUCUAAACCCGACGAUGCCUUGACUCAGCUCUACGCGGUCAUUGACCCCUCAAAAAGGUUCGAUGGCCUCGAAUGGAGCAUGGACGAGCGAAUUCUCGUCUAUUCGCCCGCACGGAGGGAAGGACAACUGAGGCCCGUCACCCUCAUCUCAUUCGAUCCAAGUCUAAAACUGCCCGGGUUUCCGAAAUAUCCCCUCGAAUCUGCAACAGAUGCAGCACGCCCGUGUGUGCUGCCCAACACACCUCCACACUCGCAAGAGUCCAUCUGCAGCAUCGACGAUAUAACCAUGUCUCCUCGCAGCCCGGGCGAGUGGCUUACCUCUCAGGUUAGACAUGAGGGCCGCUCUCUAUUCGUCACGCCAGGUCUGCCGUUGUAUCAGACAAUGGGUAUGGGGAAUGGAGCUGCGCAUGGCUUCGACAUGUCAUAUUCCUCGUCAACGGGUUGA